AUGAAUCCCAGCACACACAGCAAGCUGUACAAGAAAACCGCAAACCCCACCCUCACCAGCAACAAACACACGUUGUUCCAACUGAUAAGCAUGGUGAUAAUUCUUGUCCUGAUGACGCUGUGGUUCCGACAUCGCACGCCCGCCCAGAAGCGGAAGCGGAAGAUUCGCAUGCACAAAGAACGCCUCGUACGCCGUCUGCGCGCUAAGCGGUAA